UGCUUCGGGUACCGAAAAGCCCACGUUGAAAGAUCCCUUUCUCGUCAUGGAUUCCUCGCCUUUUUUCUACUAUUUCUAUUCUAUUCUCCCACUCUCUUUCUUUAACGUGUGUGAUUGUGUGAUCUUUCACACCACAUGAAACUGGUGAGCGAUACAUAUCUAUGCUUCUCUCUCUGUUUGGGUCAAAGUUAUAAUCUGAUUGAAAAUCCCAUCCCUUCUGUUUCAGAAACUGUGGGUCUCAGGUGCUAAGGCUACAAAGGGUGGUUGGUUUUUUACCAGCUGCCAUGGACAAUUCUUCCUUUGAGGGUUUUGCAUUUGAUCCAUCUAAGUGCAGUAAAUUGAGUAUGAAGGAAAAGAGGGAAUUAGUUUAUGAAUUAUCAAAGCGGUCACAUGGUGCCCCUGAAAUGCUGCAAUCUUGGAGCCGUCAGGAGAUUUUGCAGAUAUUGUGUGCAGAGAUGGGAAAAGAAAGGAAGUAUACUGGACUGACAAAAUUAAAAAUAAUAGAAAACCUUCUGAAAAUUGUAUCUGAGAAGAAUUCACUGGAGCAUGGAAGUACAUCUAAUCUUGAAAUGCAGCCUUCAUCAGAGAGUGGUCAGAGGAGUUCCAAGAGGCAGAGGAAAGCUGAGCAUCCAAGUCGUUUUCCUAUUGAGGCUAAUAAUUCUUCAACAACAAAUGUUAAUAAUAGUUUAGACAAUGUUGUGUACUGCAAAAAUUUGGCUUGCAGAGCUAAAUUAAGUUGCGAAGAUGCAUUUUGCAAAAGGUGUUCAUGUUGUAUUUGCCGUAACUAUGAUGACAACAAGGACCCUAGUCUAUGGUUGAUUUGCAGCUCAGAGCCUCCUUUUCAAGGGGAUUCAUGUGGUAUGUCAUGUCACCUUGAGUGUGCCAUUAAGCAUGGAGAAUCUGGUAUUGCAACUGAUAAAUUAGACGAGGGCAAUAAUGGAAUCUUUUAUUGUGUAUCCUGUGGAAAACCUAAUGAUCUACUCAGGUAACUCUUU